AGACAGCCAUGAAGAGGAAAAAGAAGGAGGCGCUGCGGGGAGAGGCGGCGCCAACACACUGGCGCCAGAUGCGAAAGAUCUGCGUCGUCGAGCUGCUCAGCGCGAUGCAGGUGCGGCGCAUCCAGUCCAUCAUGCAGGCCGAGAUCGCGCACCUCGUGGAGUCGGUCGUCGCCGCGUCCUCUGCCUCGCCGUCCUCCGGCUCCGCCGUCAUCGAUGUCGGCAAGGGGCUGGCCAGGCUGACCAACAGCGUCAUCGCGAGGGCGGUGUUCGGCGGCAAGUCUCGGCAGCAGGAGGCGUACCUCCGGGAGCUCGACGUAAUGGCGAUUCUCGGGGGAGGGUUCAGCUUGGUGGACCUUUUCCCGUCGUCCCGGCUGGUGCGGUGGCUGAGCAGCUCCGGCCGCGCCAUGAGGAGGCUCCACUCCCGGAUGCAGAGCAUCCUAGGAGACAUCAUCCAAGAUCGAAAGGAGACCAAAGUACCGAAUGCUGCUACCGCUAGAGACAACGAGGACCUGCUGGACGUGCUCCUCAGGCUGGGCAAGGAAGACACCCUCAGUUUCCCUCUCACGUCCGAGAUCAUCAGCGCCGUCAUCUUUGAUAUAUUUUCAGCUGCUACGGACACCACGGCUGCCACGCUAGAAUGGGCCAUGGCAGAGCUCGUCCGCAACCCGCAGGCAAUGGCAAGGGCGAAACUUGAAGUCCGACAGAUGCUCGGGCAUCGCCGCAGCUCCAACAUCACGAGCGCCGACCUCGUCGGCCUGCACUAUCUUCGGAUGGUCAUCAAGGAAACGCUGAGGCUGCACCCCUCCGCGCCGCUGAUCCACCGGGCGAGCCAGGAGAAUUGCCGGGUCAUGGGCUACGACAUACCCAAGGGCACCGCCGUCAUGAUAAACGCCUUCGCAGUGGGGAGGGACACGGCGCACUGGGGAGCGGACGCCGCGGAGUUCAGGCCGGAGAGGUUCGAGGGCAUGAGCGUGGAGUACAGCUCGCAAGGACCGCACAUGGAGUACAUCCCGUUUGGAGCUGGCCGUAGGCAGUGCCCUGGAGCCCUGUUCGCGACCACCAUGCUCGAGCUCGUGUUGGCCAACCUGCUGUAUCACUUUGACUGGGCGAUUCCCGGUGGGGCAGGCCCGGAGACGCUGGACAUGGGCGAGGUGUUUGGGAUCAUCGUGCAUACUAGGUCCAGCCUGCACCUGCAGGCAUCCUCAGCAUGCCAUCUACAAGACCAGACCAUCGGUGAACUGUCCUAGAAAUUAUUCACAGACAAUACUGUUAAAACAUCCCACAAGUUUUAUCUGUUGAGCAACCAAGUUGUAAUAAUACACCAAAUAAUGUUUAUUCCUUCAAUA